AUGAAAAAAACAAUCAACGUAGCCAUCUUUCUAGCCCUUAUUAGUCUUCAUAUAGAAAAUAACUUAGUAUCCACUGAAGUUACAAAUAAACGGGGGAAUUUGCGAAAUGGCUCUAAUUUUAUGGAUUUAUUUUCAUUAAAUAAAAAUGAUGAUUUAGAAAAUGAAGACAAUGAAAAUAAACAAAUUCAAGGAAAUUCUGAUGAUCUCCAAAAGCCUGAAUCAGAUGACAAUCCUUCUGGAGAUGAUUCAUUAAAGGGAGAUACAGGUGGCACAGGUCAAGAACCUGGAAAACAAACUACAUCUGGUGAUAGCUCAUUAUUGCCCUCUGUUCCAGGGAAACCUACGGUAGAACAAAGUGAAGAUAGCAAAUUAAAAGAAAAAAAGGGGAAAAAAGGAGAAGGGAAUCCUGGAGAUGGGGAUUCUGUAAGUGGAGACGAAGAAGAAGACGAAGACGAAGAUGACGACGACGACGACGAUGACGAUGACGAAGAAGAAGAAGAAGAUGGAACAACAGAAGAAGAAGGUUCUGCAGAUAAAACAAAAGGAAAAGACAAAGCACAACAAAAUGGAGAAGAAGGGGAAACUGGAAAGCAAGGGAAAACUGGAAAGCAAGGGGAAGAUGGAUCAUUGUCAGUAGAAGACGGAGGGUCAGUACAAGGGCCAAAAGCACCAGAAGUACCAAAAGCACCAGAAGUACCAGAAGCACCAAAAGUAGGACCACAAGCAGCAUCAAAAUCACCAGCAGGGACAGAAGUAGGAUCAAAAGAAGAAUUGGGAACAGGAUUAGGAACCGGGACAAAAGUAGAAACAGGAACAGGUGAAGAAGAAAAAAAGGCAGGACAAGUAUCAAAAGUAGGAACAGACACAGAUCAAGGAGCAGGAACAGAAGAAGUAACAGAACCAGGAACAGAAGAUAAUGCAGGAAAAGAAAAAAAAGUACAAGGAGAAGGAUUGGGAGGAGGAGGGACACCAGGAUCUGAAUCAGACCCCAAAACUAAAGGGGAUGUAGAAGGUCAAAAAGAUGAUAAAUCAAAAGAAGAAAAAAGAACUGAUGAAGCACCUGCUAAUCCGCCGAAGAAAGAAGGCGACGGAUCAGAUCCAUCAAAAUUACCACAAAAAGUGAAAGAAGAACCACCAAAUAAAGACAGUGAAGAUGAAAGAGAAACACAACAUACGAAACAGGAUUCUCCAGGUCAACUUCCAGCCCAACCUCCAGUAGAUAAACAGCCUCCAACAAAUCAACAACCUUCAGUAAAUCAACCAUCGCCAGUAGAGCAACAUCAAUCAACUGAAAAUCCUACUAGUUUAUCAAAUACAAACGUUCCACGUACGGGGGAAGGAAAUAGUAUUCAACAAGAAAAUAGAUCUCCAAAUGUUGCAGAUAGACCACCUACAAAAACAUCUGGUGUAGAAAAUCGGCCAAUGAUAAUAGAACUAGAAGUAUCAUCUGAUGCUAGUAAUUUUAUUCUUGAUAAUGAUGAAACAGAAGAGGAACAUGACGAAGAACCUGAAGAAGAAGAAGCUGAAGAAGAAACAGAUGAAAAUUUACAGGAUAUAUUAGAAGAUAUAGAAGAAGGUGAGGAUGAAGAAGAUAUGGAAGAUGAUGAUGAAAAUGAAACAUUAGAAGAAGAAUCCAAUGAAGUAACAAGGGAAACAUCAUCUGGGGGAGAUGAAAGACCAAACGUAACAGACGAAGCAUCCCCUACAGAGGGAGAAACAACUGCACAAGAAAACAAUUCAGACAAUUCAAGAACUAAUGAAAAUAGUACAACUGAAUCAACAAAUGCUGAACAAAAAAAUAAAAAACCACCAAAACCCCAAAAUGAGGUCAUUGUUAAUAUAUCGGCUUCUAGUGAUUAUAAAGAAGAGAUUAAACAAAAAAAGGAUGCUGAUCAAUUUGUGAAAGAUGCUUUUAGUUUUCUUAACGAGAAAGAUGAUGAAAAUGGAAAUAUCGAUGUUAGUGAUUUAUCAAAGGAUAUGCUUCAAUUUGUUUUGAGCUAA